AUGCGAAGAGUCGUCGUGACGGGGCUGGGCGCAGUCACUCCACUCGCCGCGGGAGUCCAACAGACGUGGCGACGCCUACUCGACUCGCACAGCGGCAUCGUGUCGACUGCUGCUAAGGGCGCGUCGUUCGGCGCGCUGCCCAGUCGCGUCGCGGGCCUCGUGCCGUUGGGAAGUCGCGACCAUGGGCGGUGGCAGGCGCAGGACUGGCUGAGCAUGAGCGAAGAGCGGCAAAUGGCGCUGUUUGCGCAGUAUGCCAUUGCGGCGGCGCAGGAAGCACUCGACGAUGCGGGCUGGCAUCCGACCAGGCAGGACCAGCGGGAAGUCACGGGCGUCGCCAUCGGGUCCGGCAUUGGCAAUCUGGACGAGGCGUACAGCACCUCGGUGGCCUUUCACGACGCCGGCUACCGCAAAGUGUCGCCGCUGUUCGUGCCCCGACUGCUGAUCAAUCUGGCGGCGGGCCAUGUCUCGAUCAAACAUGGCUUCAUGGGCCCGAACCACGCCGCAACGACGGCGUGCACCACCGGGAUUCAUGCCAUCGGCGACGCCUCGCGACUCAUCAUGUUCGGGGACGCCGAUGUUAUGGUGGCCGGCGGAGCAGAGUCUUGCAUCCACCCGCUGGCCAUUGCGGGAUUCGCGCGAGCACGAAGCCUGGCUACAGACUGGAACGACGCGCCCACGGCCUCAUCUCGACCCUUUGACCGCGACCGGGCAGGAUUCGUGAUCGGUGAGGGUGCUGGUGUUGUGGUUUUAGAGGAGCUCGAACAUGCAAAGGCACGCAACGCCAACAUAUACGCCGAGGUCAGAGGCUAUGGUUUGUCGUCAGAUGCAUUCCAUAUGACUGCGCCGCAAGAAGACGGUGCGGGCGCGUACUUGGCGAUGCGACAAGCCUUGAAGCACGCUCAUCUCAAACCGGGCCAGAUUGACUAUGUCAAUGCCCAUGCCACAUCGACCAAGCUCGGCGACGCCGCGGAGAAUCGAGCGAUCAAGAGGCUGCUGCUCGGCGAAGAAGGCCGAACUGACGCUUCCCAGAUCAACGUGUCGAGCACCAAAGGCGCCGUGGGCCAUCUCCUGGGUGCAGCCGGUGCAGUCGAAGCCAUCUUCACCAUACUUGCGUGCCACAAUAAUGUCCUUCCGCCAACACUCAAUCUCGACAAUCCUGGCAGUCCGGCCUCGGAUUUCGACUGCAAUUACGUUCCUCACACAGCGCAACAGCUUACAGUAAAUGCAGCGUUGACCAACAGCUUCGGCUUUGGUGGUACCAACGCCAGUCUAUGCAUAUCAAAACUACUUUGA